GAAGGCUUGGGAUUACACAAGUGGACCCUAAACACAAAUUGGUUUUUGUUUGCUUAGGAAGUCGGGAAAGUUAAUGAUUUCCCCUAUGGACCUCAGAACCACCUUGUUUUAGGGGGAAAUGCUGUAUUGUAUUGAAUGAUGCCAUAGCUGCUGCUGACUUGGAUCCAUAACGCAGGGAACGGGGAAAUCAUUGAAGAUAAGAAAUCACAAUCAUGAAGGUUGCUGAGUCAGGAAAUGUGAAUAGAGCCGUUGUGGAAACAAAAGCAGCAGACCGGUCUAAGGAGGAUGAAGGUACCAAGGAACUCACAGCCAGGACAAAAACCUCGUGCUGCAAAGGGCUGAAGGCCUUCAUUGCUGCCCUGGCAUUCACCUACUUCAGUAAAGUGUUUUCUGGGGCUAUGAUGAAAAGUUCCUUCACCCAAAUGGAAAGGAGGUUCAGCAUCUCUUCCUCUAUGGCUGGCUUCAUGGAUGGAGGUUUUGAACUGGGGAAUCUGUUGGUGAUUGCGUUCGUGAGUUACUUUGGGGCAAAAUUCCAUCGGCCAAGGGUGAUUGCUGUUGGAUGUUUCAUCAUGUCUCUUGGGAGUUUUUUAACAGCAAUGCCUCACUUCUUCAUGGGAUAUUAUAAAUACGAGACAUUAUCACGAGGAUCUGAGAACUCGACAUCCAACUUCUCUCCUUGCUUACUGAACCAAACAGUCCCAGAAUCACCAGGGAUGUCUGUUUCAGAAUGUGCCAAAGAAGUUGUAUCUUAUGCGUGGAUUUUUGUCUGGAUGGGGAAUCUACUACGUGGAAUAGGUGAAACACCAAUAUCUCCACUGGGCAUAUCGUACCUGGAUGAUUUCUCAAGAGAAGAAGAUGCUCCUUUUUAUAUUGGCUGUUUGCACACAAUAGGAAUGAUUGGCCCAAUGGCUGGUUUCCUUUUGGGAUCUCUGUUAGCCAGACUGUAUGUUGACAUUGGCUUCGUGGAUCUAGAUACGGUAACGAUAACUCCAACUGAUUCCCGCUGGGUUGGCGCGUGGUGGCUGGGCUUUCUGAUCGCUGGCGUCCUCAAUCUGAUUGCCGGCAUCCCUUUCUGGUUCCUGCCGAAAAGCCUGGACAAAGAAGGAGCGAGCGCUCCUGAAAAGAAAAAACUGGAGAGUCGUGCUGAUGAAAGCCAUAUACAGAAGUCUGAAAGUCAACAAGGAGCGCGCUUCUCAAAACUGAAAGAGUUCUUUAAGUCGCUGAAGAGAACCCUGGGCAACCGAAUGUACUUUUUGUUAUUGUGCUCAACGUUGCUGCAGUUCAACAGCUUUAUUGGUUACUUAACAUACACCCCAAAAUACAUAGAGCAGCAGUACGGUCAGCCAGCGUCCAGGUCUAACUUUGUAACAGCCGUCACAGCCAUACCAGCAGUCUGCCUUGGUGUAUUCCUUGGAGGCUUCAUCAUGAAAAAAUACAAAGUUGGCAUGGUUGCCGCAACCAAAAUGGCAUAUAUACUGUCCUUUCUGGCAUUUGUCAUAUCGCUUUUCUACUUAGUAGUGGGCUGUGAGAACCGCACGGUGGCUGGAUUGACAGUAUCUUAUGAAGGGUAUGUGAUACAGAUGAACGGGGUGUGCAAACGGUUUGCACGGGGCGCAACUCCUUUAUCUUCAGCCUGCAACCUGAAUUGCAACUGUGCCACAAACCAGUGGGAUCCGGUCUGUGGAAAAGAUGGGAUCACAUAUGUGUCGCCCUGUUUCGCUGGAUGCAAAGCUGUGACAGGAUCCAGGAAAGACACAGUUUUUCAGAAUUGUAGCUGCAUUGAAAAGGGGGAUUCUGCGCUGAGGAAUUCCUCGGCAGUUUUGGGGGAAUGUCCAAGGACCGACAGCUGCUCAAGAAAGUUUAUUUAUUAUGUAGUGAAAACAGCGGCUUCUUUUUUCUAUGCACUGGGAGGGACUCCUUUUUACAUGAUCAUGAUUCGGUGUGUAGAUCCAGAAUUGAAGUCACUUGCAGUUGGUCUCUAUAUGCUUGUUCUGAGAGCUUUGGCUGGAAUUCCAGCCCCCGUUUAUUUUGGAGCAGUGAUAGACAGGGCUUGCUUGAAGUGGGCAAGCACCAGCUGCGGCAAGCGAGGAGCUUGCAUGCUUUAUGAUGCGACAAACUACAGACAUUAUUUCUUGGGUCUAACAUUUGGCUUAAGAGCUCCAUCCUAUCUGCUGGGCAUUGCCUUCUUCUUGCGCGUGAAGAAACAUUUUGGAGCAAAGCAGGCUGAUUCCCCUGAAAGGAAAGAAGAUGCUCUGAAUGGGGAAACGAAGCUUAAUGGUGCCGAACAUACGGCAGGCCUUUCAAAUGCAGAAAUGGACACCGUCAUCUAGCACAAAUGAACCAUCUCACUGUACUUAGGCAAUCAUGCACAGACCAUUGGAGGGGGGCAUCUUGACUAUAUCAAAGAUUAAAUUGUCCAACACAGCAGU